AUGGUGAGUUUUGGUGAAUCGUUUUCGAACAAACGGUUCGCCGACCAACGACUGCCCAACCAUAAGUUCCUUUCUGACUCACUGCCACUUCUCGUUGGAUCGCCGCCGACUCCGCCGCCGACUCUGCCACCGACUCUGCCACCAACUCUGCCACCAACUCUGCCACCAACUCUGCCACCAACUCUGCCACCAACUCUGCCACCGACUCUGCCACCGACUCCGCCGCCGACUCUGCCACCAACUCUGCCACCAACUCUGCCACCAACUCUGCCACCGACUCUGCCACCGACUCCGCCGCCGACUCUGCCACCGACUCCGCCGCCGACUCUGCCACCAACUCUGCCACCAACUCUGCCACCAACUCUGCCACCAACUCCGCCGCCGACUCUGCCGCCGACUCUGCCGCCGACUCUGCCACCAACUCUGCCACCAACUCUGCCACCAACUCUGCCACCAACUCUGCCACCGACUCCGCCGCCGACUCUGCCACCAACUCUGCCACCAACUCUGCCACCGACUCCGCCGCCGACUCUGCCACCAACUCUGCCACCAACUCUGCCACCAACUCUGCCACCAACUCUGCCACCAACUCUGCCACCAACUCUGCCACCAACUCUGCCACCGACUCUGCCACCGACUCCGCCGCCGACUCUGCCACCAACUCUGCCACCAACUCUGCCACCAACUCCGCCGCCGACUCUGCCGCCGACUCUGCCACCAACUCUGCCACCAACUCCGCCACCGCCGCCGCCACCGCCGACGACUCCGCCCCCGAUUCCGCCACCGACUCCGCCACCGACUCCGCCAUCGACUCCGCCAUCGACUCCGCCAUCGACUCCGCCACCGACUCCGCCACCGACUCCGCCACCGACUCCGCCACCGACUCCGCCAUCGACUCCGCCACCGACGCCGCCGCAGUACCGUUCGCGUACCGUUUGA